AAGUCAGUUCACGGGUAAUAAUAUGGUGCAUCGAGCAAAAAACAUGGAUUUAUGUGCUAAAAUUCCUAGUAAAUGGUGGUGGUGUGCAGCAACUGCUGUGGAACUUGUGUUAUUAAUUGCUUGCUCCUUCGUCGAACGGUUUUUUUGGUGCUCAAGCAACAGAAUUGGUGUACGUGUGACCAAUAUGAAUGACUUAUUUACCAAGUCUGGGAAAGUGUUACUGUGUUUAUGCAUCGUAUUUUUCCAUGGUCCUGGACUAGUCAACUGUGAUACGUGUAGUUUUCCGAGCCGCUGGACGGGCAGUUGGUUUCAAAAAGGUAGCCCGGAUCCGAUCCGAAUCUACAAUGGCACCGUCUCCACUAAAGGCACGUGCAGAGACAACGACGGAGACAAAUUCCUCAUUGAAAACACGCUGGAAAAGUGUUUUCGGUGUGUAGUCCUUCACGAAAAACACAUAAACGUUUUGCAAUAUAAAGAGACACAUUGCUCAACUCAGCCACAUCAUCAGUACCUAGAGAAUUUAUGUUCUGAAAUCAAUGGAGAUGCUCUUCUCUACUCCAUGUUUCGAUUCAAUACACCCGCGGUGCCCUGUCCGUUCAAAGGCUCCUUCGUGUUUAGCUACAGCAGGGGCCAUGGCGAGUGCGCUUACCCCGCUUCCACUGUCGAUUCCUGCACAGAUGACUCACACCUGCUGCUCAGGUUCCAGGCAUGCGCUGAUGUCAUGGGUUCCGAGUCCAGAGUUGAAGAACUGGUGUGCCUAGCGACAUGGAAAGAAGGUUCCACGCGGUAUUUAGUUGGCAAACUCGAACACCGGGUUGCCAAGGCGGAUGAAGACAAAUUUAGGUGCUUUGUGUAUGAACAAACAGAAGACAACUUGGGAUACAUGGUUGCCCAGUCAGGAGAUGCCACCUGUGAUGGUUUGUUUACUGCUUACGAAGGAUCUCGAACAAUGAAAUUAACAAAAGCCAACCAUCCACAUGCCAAGUGUCACUACCCUGACUGGUUUACCACAUACCACCACUGGCGAGGCCUUGAUGGUAAGCUGGCUUAUGACAUUGGCCACAAAAAUGGAUCCUUCCGCGUCUCUAAUGCCACUACCGGGGACGUAGUCAAAAGAGUUGUUUGCACUCAAGACCACCACCAUUCCUUCUUUCCAUCUCCAGUGAGCACCCCUGCAACAGGCAGUAUCACGGGAGGAAUAUUUGCACAAUUCGUAGUGCACGUCACCUCAGGCUGUAACAGUGGUUACACCUGUUUAAGGAUACACAAAAGAGCCCCUCAUGUUGUAGAGCUUCAAUCAACAAGUCGACUAUCUACAAUUGCAUCCGAAGCUUGUAAUGGAAUCAACUUUGACACGAAUCCAUCUGAAAUUGUUACUCUUACAACUCAAACGUCUGGAUCCUUGGAGUGUCCCAUGGCUGGUAUUUAUGCUUUGGAGGGAAAUGCUCGCCACAUGUCCCGCCUAAUAUCACUGGAUGCCGCCAAUGCCGACCCUUGGCCUUGCACUGGAUACACCACUCUCACGUCAGGUUGCUCAGCUGUCGACAAAAUGGAGCUUGUCCAAGAAUGUGCCAAUGAAAGGAAGACCAACUCAUUUCAAUGCAGAGGAAGUUGGGAAGAAAAUGGAACAAAUUAUGUGAUUGCCACUGCUGUUGGAACAAGAAAGCAUCUUUGCCUGGCCUAUUCUGAGAGUGAGAGGACAAUUCAUUUUUCUGGAAGCACUGAAGCAUGUCUGCGGAAUGUUCAACUCGGAAGAGAAGGUUCAAUCGCAAUUAAUGGAACAAGCAAAGGUUACUGUCCAACAACUGAUGGCGGCCACACAACAGAGCCCUACAAACUACACAUCACAUUGAUUUCCGUGUUUAUAAUGCUUUUUAUCUUCCACAACUAUCGGUGAUGUAUGAACGACACUAUGCUGGUGUGAAAAAGAAAGAACGUUUUUUAAGCCGUACAAUCGUUUCUUAAGUUCAGAGAUACUUGCAUCUGAUUUAAGAACUGAACUGUCUAGAAUCUACGUUGAGAGUCCCUCCCCACGUGAGAAAAUGAACUCUUCGAAGGGAAUCUUAAGAUUUUCGAUUUUUUGCUCAGAAAGCCAAGCCUUUGAAUGUGGGAGAUAUAAAUUUUUAUGUAUACAAUACUUUUCCCACUAUAUUUCACGUUUGUUAUAUAAUUACUAUUAUUAUAUAUGCCGAGGGAAAAAGAGAUGUUUCCUGAAUCGUUUGGAAAGGUGAAAUUGUUAUGUGCUGCCCACGUGUCAUAUCGUCUCCGAAGCAUGUUGAAUUUUGAACUGACCUUCUGUUGCCACUUCAGUGUAUUGAAAGUGUAUUUUCCUCUUUCUGGGAUCCUCGAUGUUGCAUGCAGCCAGACGAUCGAAGUUCAUUUUGAUAAAACUUCUAUAUUCCUCUAUACAUUUGAAAUAUUGUAAAAAAUGAUUCUGCCUCUGGUUCUCCGAAAAUAAAAACUGAAAAUAUUUUUAAAAAUUAUUGAUCAUUUUCAUUUCUUUAAAGGUUAAAACAUGAAAAAAAAUGCUCUUUAGUGUUUUGAUUUUUCUGUGUAUUGUACUAAAAGGUCUAAUUAUCAUAUCAGUCGUCAAGCUUUGUCAAUAUUUCAUGUUACCUACUUAUUAAAUUAUGUUGUGUUGUAUAAAAACAAAUGAUAAAUGCAUUUGUAACUGUAAAGGAGCAACUUGAAGUUAGAAAUUCCAGUCACCUAUACACAAGCUUUUUUUUUUAUUUUUUUUUUUUUUACUCAACAAGCACAAAGAAACUCUUAUAAAAUUUUCAUGUUUUUCGUUUGAAUUUAUUUUGCAUUUAUUUCUACUAUUUAUGCUGAGCUUGCGUGUGAGAUUCUCAUUAAACUCUUGGUUAGCGGCUCCCAGUCGCCAAUUUGCGAUUAUUUUAUUG